AUGUUUGACCACUGUCCAAGAGAAAUCUUCGAGUCUUCAAAGAAUGAUCCUGCUCUGACAGACCGCCAUUUUCUGCAGGUCCUUAAUGGGCAUUCCCAGAUAAGACCGUCCAUGACAAUCCUAUCUCGCAAGACCAUCUCAGUCCCGCACUGGCAUCGUUGCCUAGACGCGAGCCAACCACAAUGUUCGAGGAACGUGAAAAUGGCGUGUACACUUUGGAUUAACGUAAGUAACUCUGGGUGAUUCAUGACUGAAACUGGUAAUCAGUUUUGUUGUUAGCCCUUUAUAAAACUUCGGUCGGAUCAAAACUAUCCAAUAAGAAACUAGCCAUUGAAACGCAUAGUAAUUCAUAUGCAAAUAGCAUUAAGCAUUUAUUUUCCAACGACCCAAUAGCGCACUUUGAAUUGUUAAUCAGCCGACCAAUCCGCACUGACAAUUUGUCAGUUAAUACAAUUUUGAUCCGGCUGUUGGUAUAAAACAGAAAACAUUAAGUUAUUUCGAACAGAAAACGUUCAAAGCCUCUUGUCUUACAAGUCAUAAUGUCUCAAAGAAACUUGAAAUAUACUGUUUGUUCCGGCAGCCACUCCAGGCUUCAUUGCACUUUUAUUUGCAAAAGCUGUGGUGGCAACUACCGUCAGUGCAAAUGUGAAACAUGUAAAUCAUUACCUAAGUGAUGAUAGUUAAUUGUUGAAUGUUUUGACACGCCGCAUUUAAUCGAGUCAUCACCAGGCUUAUAUUUCAGUCGUAAUCUCUAGUCGAUCUGCUCAAACCGCUUUGGUUCAUAUUCCCACAAUCUCAUGGCUCAAGCAGCUAGUUCUUCUCUCCCUUUUCGGCGCAGGGGGGCGACUUUCGCUUUUGAUUGCGGUCUUCCAGCGGAACUAAUCAAAUUACAAGGGGACUGGCGCAGCGACGCUUAUUUGGUUUAUCUUGAAAUGACAGAUCAUCAAAAACGUACCGCUGUUAAUGCUAUGGCUCAAGCUUUACAGCAAAUUGGUCUUUAGCUAGCAUCAUAAUCAUAUACUUUUCUCAACCACAUUUAUUUUUUCAGUUCACUUAAUUCUAGGUAUAUAGAUUUUUUUUUUUUUAUCUUCUUAACUUUCUUACUCAAACACAGAUUUACAGAGUUUUAUUGUCUACGUAUGUAACACGUCUCGGUUUGGUUUCUCGACCACUGUAGCAAUAAAGCUCCAAUUUUAUUCCCAAACUCUCAUCGUCUGUGUUUGUAUGUAAACAAUUGUGUAAAUCAUUACCUAAGUGAUGAUAGUUAAUUGUUGAAUGUUGUGACACGCCGCAUUUAAUCGAGUCAUCACCAGGCUUAUAUUUCAGUCGUAAUCUCUAGUCGAUCUGCUCGAACCGCUUUGGUUCACCCUAAUUCCCUCCCACCCACGUCUCGGCUUGGUUUCUCGACCAGUGUAGCAAUAAAGCUCCAAUUUUAUUCCCAAACUCUCGUGGUCUGUGUUUGUAUGUAAACAAUUUGUCAACCGCCAAUCGAGACCAAACAAGCGCCAACGAAACGCUGAAGCCCGGGAGACCGAUUCUGAGCGUAACAACAAAGAACUCCAGAAGCGGUAUGACAGCUUACUGAAAGACCACGAAAGACUUGCACAGGCCUUCCGAAAUCAGAAAAAAGAAACGAAACUCCUUGGACAGCAGUGGAGGAAAAGGAGAAAGAGUAUGAAGAAGCAGCAAAUGAUGCCAAAGAGCUGGCCAACCUGGUUCGAACAAAAUGUGAAGCCAUCAAGACGCUAGAGAAAAGACUCGUUGAGGCCAGAAAACUCAUUGCAAGCUUAAAAGAAGAGCUUCAGUCAGCAAGGAACAGUUCUUCAGUAAGAGAACCGCAGCAUCCAGACCCACCACAACAGCAAUCGACCCGCGUCAGUAGCCACAGCCUCAGCAGCAUACACUCCCGAUACGACAAAGUUCUACAAACCAUGAAGGAUAACAACUGCAGUAUGGCCAAUGCCUCUCGCCUAUCAGGUUGUCCCAGGAGCACCCUCCAAGAUUUCAUCGCAAUAGCAGAGCUAAAAAAGGUGGACUCGAGGACAUUUGAGAUUGCGCUAGCAAACUACCAAGGAGAGACAUUUAGAGAACUAGAGCAAAUGUGCAGGAAAAGCCUCAGGCGUUACAUGCCGCUUAUGAGCACAAUGCGCCUUGAGGGGCAACUGUUGCCUCUUAAAUUUGACCAGCGCUUUUACGAAUGA